CAGACCCCCGCUCCUUCCCGGGCUCUGAUUGGCUCGGCGCGUUAUUCUGGCCCCCGGAGUGAGUUCGCCCUCCUCGGGUGUUGGGGUUCGGGGGGAUAAAGACUCCGGAGAGUGUUUCAUGACACAAACAACAUGACUACAAGUUUAAAAGCGGCUUUAAAAACCCACUUCGGGUUCGACGGCUUCAGGACCAAACAGCAGGAGGACGUGGUGAGCGCGGUCGUCAGAGGGGACCGGGAUGUGUUCGUGUGUAUGCCCACUGGAGCAGGGAAGUCCCUCUGUUACCAGCUGCCUGCGGUGCUGGCUGAGGGCAUCACUCUGGUUAUAUCCCCGCUCAUUGCUCUCAUUCAGGAUCAAGUGCAACACCUGAGGGAGCUGAACAUCCCCGCCUGCUCCAUCAACUCCAAGCUCCCAGUAGGCGAGCGCCGUCUGAUCAUGAGCGACCUGGAGAGCAGCCAGCCGAAGCUGAAGCUCCUCUACAUAACACCAGAGAUGUUGGCGUCCCCCUCAUUCCAGCCGUGCCUGACAGGCCUGUGCUCCCGCGGCCUGCUGUCCUACAUGGCCGUGGACGAGGCUCACUGCGUCUCCCAGUGGGGCCACGACUUUAGGCCGGACUACCUCAAACUGGGUGAGCUGCGUGCGCGCCUGUCUGGAGUUCCCUGCUUGGCCCUGACAGCGACAGCACCCAAGAAUGUGCAGCAGGACAUUGUUCAGUCCUUGAAGCUGCACUUGCCGCUGUCUUUUGUUGCACCGGUGUUUCGCAGUAACUUGCACUAUGAUGUGAUCUUCAUGGAGCUGCUGCCGAACCCUUAUGUCCACCUCCAUGCUUUUAUUAAGCAAGCACUGGCGCUGGGCAGUGGGUCUAAUGAACAGGGCUGUGGGAUUGUUUACUGUCGGACCAGGGAUGGCUGUGAAACGGUGGCUUACCAGCUGACCAAGCUUGGAGUCUUGGCCAAGCCUUACCAUGCAGGUCUGAAAACAGGAGAUCGCACAGAGGCCCAGAAUGAGUGGAUGCAGGGUAAAGUUUUGGUUAUUGUCGCCACCAUCAGUUUCGGCAUGGGAGUAGACAAGGCGAACGUCAGGUUUGUAGCUCAUUGGAACCUCGCUAAGUCUUUGGCCAGUUACUACCAAGAGUCCGGACGAGCAGGGCGAGACGGACUGCCCUCCUCCUGUCGCACAUACUACUCCCGGAGAGACAAGGAGCAAAUUAACUUCCUCAUCCGACAGGAAGUCGGCAAGAGACAGGCAAAACGCGGUUCUGCAAAAGAGACGGACAAAGCAGCCAUUAUAGACUUUGAAGCCAUGGUGUCAUUCUGUGAGAAAGAAGGUUGUCGUCAUGCCAUCAUCUCCAAGUUCUUUGGGGACAAGGCGCCAAACUGUGCCGGCGCCUGUGACUACUGCCGCAACCCUAAAGCUGUACGAGCCCAGCUGGAGAAAGGGGCUACCCUCAGCACCAGAACCGCUGCAGCUCAGAGCAACAAGCCCACAGGACCGUUUGGCUUCAUUCCCAAACUUUACGAAGGUGGAAAGAAGGGCUACGGCUUUGAGAGGCAUGACGAAGGGGAAAACAGCGGUGAAGAUGAUGGCACAACGAGGAAAAAGGAGUUUUCUGACCUCUUCAAGAAGCAGAUGAACCUACGCAAGGGAACUGAUGGUCAGAGGGAAGAUUUUGUUCCUCCAGAUGACGGCUGCCCACUCAGAGAUGCCAGCAGCCAGAGGAUCCCCAGGCUCACUGUAAAGGCCAGAGAGCACUGCCUGUACCUCUUGGAAGAGGCAUUAAUUGACCACCAGGGGGCAGAAGGCACAUUCAUCUGCGACCCUCUGUCCUCGGCGGCGGAUCUGGAACACACGGUUUUUAAGAACAGCAAGUCUGCCAACUUAUACAAGGCUGCUGUGCUAAAGAAGGUGGCAGAAAUGAAGAAAACAGCAACUCCCUCGACUGGAGGAGAAAAAAGAGACAAGAUGAACAGCAGCAGUGAAUUUGGAGAAGUUGAGUCUGAACCCGUAGAGGAAGCAUCCACCUCCUCUUCUUUGUCCAUUUCUGAGGAACUGCACGGGUUCAAGCCUGCAUCACAAAUCUACUCUCUGAAGCGUAAGAGGGUCGGAGCAGGCCUGAGGGGCUCAUCGGACCCCUUCAAGACUGCCAAGGAUCUGCUGGAGCUCUCCGUGAUGGACACUGCUUUGAACAAAGGGUCAGAGAGUGGCGGUUUUUACAAUGACGGCUCAAGAGGCUGUGGAGAGUCGUCUGUCAAGGGAAACAAGGAGAGAAUAAACACAGACAUAGCUUCAGCUGUAACAUCGUCCGUUCAGGCCAGAGCAAAUGCAGUCGCUGCCUCUACAGAGAGCCAGACGAAAGCUGGCAAAGCCAUAAGCAAGAAGCAGCAGAAGCUGGCGGAAGCGGCAAAGAGUUCCCGCAACAUUUCUCAGUAUUUUGCCAAGAAGCAAACAAUGGAUAAAAGCCAGGAUGAGCCACUGGAGCUGAAGGGACUUGAUGCUGUGGUGUCUCAAACUACCAACUUAGUCCAACAUGAAAACUUUUUCCAGCUGGAACACUCACCUUCCAGUGUGGAAGCUAUGGAGAGAAGUCCUGUGGAGUCGGAGGCUCAGGAUGUGAUGCAGGAAGAAAGUAAAAAGGAAGUGAUCGUUACAGCUGAUCAAGUCGAGGAGGAAAUGCAUCAAACAGAGACUUUAGAGCUUAAGCAGAUUCAUGACUCAUCUCAUCAGGAACUAAGACAAGAAGAACAAGAAGCAGCCAAACCAGCUCUAAUACAAGAGUUGACAGAUGACAUGAAGUCAAACAGAGAGCCGUCGUCUCCUCCAGCGAAACGCAGCCGGCCUGCAGAUGGCAGCAGCAGAAGAGUGACCUUCAACCCUAACGUGCAGGAGAGGGCCCUGCAACCGGUGAAUGAGCCGCCGAAUCCAGUGACGCUGAAGGAAGCGGCCGAUGUUGUCGUCCGAUAUCUGGACCCGUUUUACACUCAGGGGAAGUUUGCCACAAAGGAGCUGUUCAAGUCCUUUGCUCGCUACUUGUCUCACCUUCUUACAGAAGGAAGGAGUCUGGGAAAAGGUCAAGUUAAAACAGAAGCCAAAGCUCUCAUCAAGAAAUUCUUCAGCAGAGUCCAGUGCUGUGAGAGUGAGGCAGACUGGAAGCACCUUAAAAGACCACACAGCUGUAACGCCACAGAGAACAAGGAAUGAGGGGAAUCGAAACGUAGUCAUUUUUAUGGCCAGCCCCUUCACUUCCUCUUUGUCAGUGCCUCUUGUUUCAUUGAUCUCAGGCUUUGUCGCUGACGCCUCACGACCAGGUUCAUGGUUGAUUUGCUGCUAAACUUCUUUUUUUUGUCCAGGCUGGUUGCUGCUACAGUGGUUUUUUUCCACAAUCAAGCAAUAAAAAAUGGACUGUUGCAUCCUGAGAUUGCAGAAGUAGAACUCUGUGCAAACAUGAUACGUGUUCUUUUAUGUCUCUGCCUGUUAACUGAAGGAUGUGUACACUUCACAGUUCUGAUGACUAAAACUUGAAAUGACUGUUCUACAGGCAGAAACAGACGUCAUCUCAGUAUAGUCAGGGAAUAAUACUGUGUAUGUGGCACUACACUCCUCUUUUUUUCUCCUGCACUUGUACGUGUUUAGAGUCUUCGCGUGCUGAUUUUCUUACUGAGCUUCACUGGAGUGUAUCCUCUGGGGACCACGAAUGUCUUCACUAAAUUUCCUGCCAAUCUAUGGAAUAGUUAGUUCUGGACGAAGUGGUGAACCGACCAAACAACUGAGCUUCUCUCAGGUUGUCAGUAAUGUGAAGUGUACACACCCUGAAGUAAACUGGGUUAAAGUAUAAAAACACUUAUCAAUUCAACCACAUUGUUCUCUGUUGCAAGGGAUUUUUUUUUUUUUUUACUUUUUAAUUGCUGCUACGUGUUUUGACAUAGUCUACUGAACGGACGAACAGAGAGCAAAGCAAAUGAGCAUAAAUGAUAAGAUACUGUAUGGUAUAAAAGUCUGUAUUUUAUUUUACUUAAACAUAAUUUUGUAGAUUCUCUGGUAAUAGAAGAAUUUGUGCUAAAGGAUGUGUAUUUUUCUUUUCUUUUAUCUCGAUGGUUUCUUAUGUUAGUCCCUGUCAGGUUAGUGUGCGGCCGCAGUUUGUCUCCACAGACCAGAUGGAAAAAAAACCCAAAGAGUAAACUUGAAGCACUGAUGGACGAAGACUUGAGUCUGAGCAGCCAUCGAUGAUCUGCUCUUUGCUGCGAAAUGUUUACAAUAAAUUCUAUGCUGAACAGGAA